CCGUUUUUCACAUGAACCACACAUACAUUUCUCGUUUCCUCCCUCCUCUCUCUCUCUCUCUCUCCUCGCAUGGUAAACUCGUUUUUUCAGAGGCCCCUUCUCUCUCUUUCACUUAUUAAAGCGAGGCAGAAGAAGUGAAGAAGCUGCACAGUCCUGCAAUGUCAAACGUAAAUUUCAAAAAGAUCAACAGAGAGAGAAAAUGGAACAAUUCCCAGUACAAACACCGCAUUGAAACGCUCCAUAAUAUCUCUAAUCUUCGCUGUCGGAUGGCCUCGAGAUCUCAAAACCCCCCACAGCGCAAAAUGGACUAGACUGACGGGACGGCGUUCUUGGACCACUCCAAGCAUCACAGAGGAGAGAGAAAGGAGGAUUCAGAGAGAGAGAGAGAGAGAGGGGAAGGAAGAUUUAGAGAGAAAAUGAGGAAAAUAUACAGAGGAGAGAGAAGAGAGUGAGUUUCUAGAAAGAGAGAGGAGUCACACAGGCCUGUUUUCCUGGGUGGCGUCCCCUUCUACGCGACCGCAACAAUGGUAGCGGGCAGGCCUUUGUUCAGCAUCGUCCUCCUCUUUGUCUCUCUAGGCGCGCGCCUCGCCUUAGGCCUCAACCAAGAAGGCCUUUUCUUGCUGAGCAUAAAGCGCGGCCUGUCUGACCCUGACAACGCUCUCGCCACCUGGGACGAGCGCGCGGAGACGCCGUGCGCGUGGCGCGGCGUCACCUGCGAGUCCACCGCCCCGCACUCCGUCACCGCCCUCGACCUCUCCAACUCCAACCUCGCAGGCCCCUUCCCCUCCCUGGCCUGCCGCCUACCCCGCCUCCUCAAUCUUUCUCUCUCUAACAACUUUAUCGGUGGCUCUCUCUCUCCUCUCUCUUUCUCCUCUUGCAAAACUCUGCAAUUCCUUGACCUGUCUCAGAACCUUAUUGUUGGUGCUUUGCCGGAAACCGUGGCUGACUUGCCGGAUCUCCGGCACCUCGAUCUCUCUACGAACAACUUUUCCGGUGCGAUUCCUGUCUCCUAUGCAAAUUUCCAGCGACUUGAAGUCCUCUCACUCUUCAACAACCUCUUGAAUGCCACUAUUCCGUCAUUUUUGAGCAAAAUUUCGACGCUUGUCGAGCUCAGGCUUGCCUAUAAUCCUUUUCAGCCUGGGCCGGUGCCAUCUGAGCUUGGUAAACUGACCGGGCUUGAGGUCCUAUGGCUCUCUGGGUGCAACCUGGUGGGCACGAUCCCGCCGAGCCUGGGUUUGCUGAAGAACCUCACCAACCUGGACCUGACCUAUAACAAUCUCAGUGGGUUGAUCCCUAUGAGCCUGACUAGGCUAGAGAACGUUGUCCAAAUCGAGCUUUACUCUAACAAGCUUUCUGGUCCAUUGCCUGAUGGAAUGGGCGCAAUGAAAUCACUGGAAAGGUUCGAUGCGUCCAGAAAUAUGCUCAAUGGCUCCAUACCCCAUGAGCUUUGUGGCUUGAACCUGGCCUCCCUUAGCCUUUACUCUAACCAGUUUGUCGGUGGCUUGCCUGAAGAGAUUACACGUUCGACUAAGUUGUAUGAGCUCAAACUGUUUGAGAACCGGCUCAGCGGCCCUAUUCCUGCUGGUCUUGGCCGGAAUUCUCCUCUGGUUUUGCUGGAUUUGGUGGGGAAUCAAUUUUCUGGCGAACUUCCUGGGGAUAUUUGUAAAGGGGGAGUCCUUGAAGAGCUGCUUUUAAUGGAUAAUGAGUUGACCGGAAAUUUGCCUGAAAGUUAUGGGAGUUGCCAGAGUUUGAUCAGGGUAAGGUUGAGAAAUAACAAGCUCUCGGGUGUGGUUCCUGCUGCUUUUUGGGGGUUACCCCAUGUUUAUACUCUGGAGCUCGCACAAAACUCAUUUUCUGGUGAGAUUUUGCCAGAAAUUGCAAGGGCAAAAAACCUAUCUCAACUGACAAUAUCAGAGAAUCGAUUUUCCGGGGAGAUUCCUAAAGAAAUUGGGGAAGUUUAUAACUUGGACCAGUUUUCUGGUGGGAAUAACCAAUUUACUGGUCCUUUACCUGAGAGUUUGGUCGUGCUUUCCCAGUUGGUUAAGUUGGAGUUGCAAAAUAAUAAGUUAUCAGGGGAGCUCCCUUCUAAUAUUCAGAAGUGUAGGCAGCUCAAUGAACUAAAUCUUGCUGGAAAUAGGUUCUCGGGUCAGAUUCCUGCCGAGAUCGGGAGCUUGCCUGUCUUGAAUUAUCUUGACCUCUCCUCGAAUUUAUUAACUGGGACCAUCCCUUCUCAGCUCCAAAACCUGAAGCUUAACGCCUUUAAUCUCUCUGGUAAUAGAUUAACCGGAGGGAUCCCCCCCUCUUUCAAUAAUGAGAUGUAUAAUUCCAGCUUUUUGAACAACCCUGGUUUGUGCAGCGAUAAUGUUGAUUUCCUGAGGCCCUGUAACAGAGCCUCUAGUUCGAGUGGUCUCGUUUGGGUUUUAAGGUCUAUUUUCAUUCUAGCUGGUCUUGUUUUGGCAGUUGGGUUGGCCUGGUUUUACUGGAAAUACAUGCAAUUCAAGACAUCCGAGAGAAAGAAGGAUCUGGACAAGUCGAAAUGGAUUCUCACUUCAUUCCACAAAUUGAGUUUCCGGGAAGAUGAGGUCCUAGACUGCCUCGACGAAGAUAAUCUUAUUGGGAGUGGGGGAUCUGGAAAGGUUUACAAAGCUAUUUUGAGUAAUGGAGAAACAGUUGCAGUGAAGAGGCUAUGGGGCUCCUUGAAAGCUGAGGCCUCUGGUGACUAUGGAUUUGAAGCCGAGGUCAAAACUCUUGGUAAGAUUCGCCACAAAAACAUUGUAAGGCUCUGGUGCUGUUGCACCAACAAGGAUUGCAAGCUCCUGGUGUAUGAAUACAUGGCAAAUGGUAGUCUGGGUGAUGUCCUUCAUAGUCCAAAAGCUGGGCUUCUUGAUUGGCCUAUAAGAUACAAGAUAGCUGUGGAGGCAGCAGAGGGGCUAUCCUAUCUUCACCACGACUGUGUGCCUCCUAUUGUUCAUAGGGAUGUGAAGUCGAACAACAUUUUGCUCGAUGCUGAAUUUGGGGCGAGAGUUGCAGACUUUGGGCUUGCGAAGAUCCUUGAGGCUGCCUUUGGGAAGGGGGGGAAUUCCAUGUCUGCUGUUGCAGGGUCAUAUGGCUACAUCGCACCGGAGUAUGCAUAUACGCUCAGAGUGAAUGAGAAGAGCGAUAUAUACAGCUUCGGUGUGGUUCUCCUUGAGUUGGUCACAGGGAAAAGGCCAGUCGAUCCAGAGUUUGGCGAGAGCAAAGACCUGGUUCAAUGGGUUAGUUCAAUUGUGGAGAGGAAAGGACCUGAACAUGUACUGGACCCGAGGCUCGCUGGUUGCUUCAUGGAGGAGAUGUCUGCAGUUCUUAACGUGGGCCGCCUAUGCACUAGCCCUCUUCCCAUCAGCCGGCCCUCAAUGAGGAGAGUGGUGAAGCUUCUUCUUGAGUGUAAUUUUGAGGCCAAAGUGAAGCCCCCCUCUAGUAAGGAUGGGAAGCUCUCGCCUUAUUACUAUGAAGAUGCUUCUGAUCAUGGAAGUGUGGUCUGAAUUCUUUUCCUUCAUAAGAAGGAAAGAAGUGAAGUAACUCUAACUGUAGAUAUUGUAACCUGGGUAGUCUCAAAAAUCUGGUUUAGGGAUCAGGAGAGGGGGUAUGGCUUGGCACUUCUAGGAGAAGUAUGAAUCGGAGCUAUUCCUUAGCAGUUUCUGUUGUCUAGAUAUGGUUAUGGAUAUGGCUAUGGCAUCAGUUCCGGUGAGUGGACCAUGCUUUUGCAAGUAUCAUUGAUUGCGUAUUCUGGAAUUUGAUCUUAGAGGUUGGGCUGUGCGCACGCGUGUGGGAAAGGGAGUUUAUAACUUUGUACCAGAGCAAUUUUCUCGUAGCCAAAAUAUUCUGUCUGGUUAUGGGCUAUGGAUAUGGAUGUGACUAUGACAUCGGUUCUGUUUUCUUGUUUUAUUUGAUUUGUGUUUUUAGAGUAUCUGGUAUAUGGCCUCAGUUUUCUUAUGUAUCUAGGUUCUGUGGUGGAAUGCAUGAGUUUUUCGGGUCAGUUUGUGUGAAAUUAUGGACGAGGCUGGCCUUUGGUCGGUCUUUACUUAUUAUGUAUACUCAUGGUCUUGAGAAAUAUAUUGCACUUUGAACAAA